GCAGUACUGCAGUUUUACCGGAAGUUGGGGAAAGGGGAAAAGCUACUCAGCUGUUGUGAGCUGGCAACGGCGACCUGAGCGGCGCUGAGGAAGGGCUCUCCUGCAGGCGCCCCUUGCUCGGAGGGGACCAAGAAAAGACCGGAGGAGAAGGGGUGGAGCGGGGGGCCUCCUCGGUGGGUGAGUAGAAGUGGGCGGAACGUCCCGGGAGUUCUGUGCUCGUGUUCUGGAAUGGUGAAUCCUCUCGUAGCUCCGCCCUAAAACACCUGCCCACGAAUCGCACUCCCCCCCCCCCCCGCCGCCUGUGGUGUCACUAACAGGAACAAGCGUCAUUGAAUCCGGUGGAGUUUACUGGGGCAAGAACGUGCAUAGGUUCAGCCUUUCUGUUGGCGAUCCGCUUUGCUUUGCUAGAAGGCCCUUGCUGGAUAUUUGUUCAAGCAAAAUGUUGCCUACCACAUCAGUUAAUUCCCGAACUCAAGGCAAUGGGGCUUUAAACUCCAGGGAUGCUGCCAGGCACACAGCAGGGGCAAAACGCUACAAAUACUUGAGAAGACUCUUCCACUUUCAACAGAUGGAUUUUGAGUUUGCUUUGUGGCAGAUGCUGUAUCUCUUCACUUCACCACAGAAGAUUUAUAGGAACUUUCAUUACAGGAAACAAACAAAAGACCAGUGGGCAAGAGAUGACCCUGCUUUUCUUGUAUUGCUAAGUAUCUGGUUGUGUGUAUCCACAAUAGGAUUUGGCUUUGUAUUGGACAUGGGAUUUGUUGAAACAAUCAAACUACUGCUUUGGGUUGUGUUUAUAGACUGUGUGGGAGUUGGCCUCCUUAUUGCAACUUUAAUGUGGUUUAUCUCAAAUAAGUAUUUGGUAAAGCACCAAAGCAGAGAUUAUGAUGUGGAGUGGGGAUAUGCCUUUGAUGUUCAUUUGAAUGCUUUCUAUCCUCUUCUUGUCAUCUUGCAUUUCAUACAGCUGUUUUUCAUUAAUUAUGUAAUUGUAUUGAAUUCAUUUAUUGGAUAUUUCGUUGGAAAUACUUUGUGGCUGAUUGCCAUCGGCUAUUACAUCUAUGUGACAUUUCUAGGCUAUAGCGCAUUACCAUUCUUGAAGAAUACUGUCAUUCUGUUAUAUCCAUUUGCACUUCUUCUGCUGCUCUACUUGGUUUCACUAGCAAUGGGAUGGAACUUCACACAAGCACUUUGUUCUUUCUACAAGUAUAGAGUGAAAUAAACCGGACUCUAACAAAAUGGGUUGCUUGUACUUACCUCCUUGUGGAAGUCUCAGAAUAGGUAAGAGGAAGACACUCUUGUAAAUUUCUGUAAAUACAUUCUCCUCACUGUAGAUCAGUGUGUAAAGUUUUUGGUUUUCUAAAAAUUUAUUUACAGCUGCAGAUUUAUUGUAAUUCUGUAUUCUUCUGUGCUUUCUUCCUAAUGGAAAAAACUGUACAUUUCUGUAAUAAAAAGGGGUUUUUUAAAAAAAAA